UUUACAAUUGUGCAAAAUAUCAAUAUAAAAAUAUUGUCGUUAAUAAUUUAAAGUAUUUACGUAUAAUUUUUAAUGAAAUUGAAAUUAAGAAAUUUUUUUUUCUAUAUUUCUACAUUUAAACAUUCAUCAAAUAUAAAGAAAAAAAUAAAGAUAUCAAGCAUGAAUGGUGAACUAAUUUUAACAAAAAACAAUGGAAAAUUAACAAUUGAUCAGAGAAAAUUUUACGAAAAUAAUGGCUACCUUGUAAUUCCAAAAUUAAUAUCUCAAAAAUUAUUAGACGACUGCAGUCAAAGAUUUGAUGAUUAUGCUGAUGGAAAAAUUGAAAAAGGCUCGAUCACUGUGAUGCGUGAUAUCGCUGAUAAAAAAUUAGUCAACAAAAUUCAAGAUAUAAAUCAUGAUGUUGUAUUCCGUCGGUAUAUUGAGAAUAAAAAUAUUCUUGACAUUGUUGAGAGUGUAAUUGGAAAAAAUAUAAUGGCCGUUCAUAAUAUGCUCAUUUCAAAACCACCAGAUGCCGGACAAAAUAGUAGCAGACAUCCACCACAUCAGGAUUUGUAUUAUUUUCCUUUUCGUCCUGCUAAUAAUAUCGUAGCUACGUGGACAGCGAUCGAACCUUGUAAUGUUGAAAAUGGAUGUUUAUUUGUAUCACCUGGUUCACAUCGUCUCAAUAAACUAUAUCCUCAUGGUUAUCCAAAAAAUGCAAUCGUUAAUAAAUUCUAUCAUGGUAUUCAAGAUUUACCAAGUUCAAUGAUUUGGAUUGAUCUUGAGAUGAAACCAGGUGACACAGUGUUUUUUCAUCCUCUCUUGAUACAUGGCUCAGGUGUUAAUAAAUCUUCAAGAACAAGAAAGGCAAUUUCAUGUCACUACGCAGCUUCUGAGUGUAGCUAUAUUGAUGUAAAGGGAACAUUUCAGGAAAAUAUUGAGAAAGAAAUAUUAGAUUUGAUGGCAAAAAGAUAUCCAGGUGUUGAUAUCAAAUAUCAAGAUGUCUGGAAAUUUAAAUCAUCUCUGGUUCGAGGUCUUCGGUCAAAUCUUUAA